CAACUUUGGCACCAGUUUAUGAUAGAAAAUAUAACAGUGAGUUAUCUGCCCGUGACCAGUCACGUGAUUUAAACAAAAGUGAGCUGCUCAGAAAGAUGGCCAAGAUUCAAAGAUUAGCGGCGAAAUCGUAUAAGCAUGCAAAAUUGUUUCCACCUGGUGAGGUCUUAAGAUCAAAUGACGGACGUACCGAAUUUUUGCUUGGGAAACUAGUCGGAACCGGCGGUUUUGGUUUAAUCUACGAUGUCAUGCGUAUUGAUAUUGAAACAGAGGAGGAAUAUGUUGCUAAAAUCGAACCAAUAGCUAAUGGCCCUCUCUUUAACGAAUAUCACAUAGUGCAAAAACUUGGUCAGCGGAAAACUAUGAUUGAUUAUGCAAGAAAUAAAGAAUUGUCACGUCAUCUUGCAAUACCUCUGUUUGUAGCGGGAGGAAUCCACGAAUACCAAGGGAAGAAAUAUCGAUUCAUAAUUCUACCGAAAUACGGAGAUGAUCUACGUAAAGUAUUUCAACGCUAUGGAUUUUUUCCGAAUAAACGUUCAGUAUAUCUUAUCGCAAUUCAAAUGCUAGACGCUCUAGAAUAUAUCCAUCAACACGGCUAUGUUCAUGCUGAUAUAAAGGCGGGUAAUAUCUUGUUAGAAAGUAACAAAUCAGUUAAAGUAAAAAAAACAACUAAAGGAUAUUACCCGGUGAUAGAGAGAUUGUAUCUGAUAGAUUAUGGCUUGGCUGCCAAAUAUAUCCAGAAUAAUAAACAUAAGCCUUAUUAUGAAGCUAGCAGAAAGGCUCACCAGGGAACAUUGUUUUAUACCAGCAUAGAUGCUCAUAAAGGGGUAGCACAAUCUCGAAGAGGGGACUUACAGAAUCUAGGAUUCUGUCUUCUUGAAUGGCUUACGGGUAGUUUGCCCUGGAAAAAGAAAACAGUUAAAGACAAAGUGAAAAAAAGCAAAGAGUUAUUGAUGUCCAAACUUAACAGACUCUCUGAUGAAUAUUUAAAAACUUAUUUCAAAUAUGUUGCCAAUAUGCGCUACGAAGAAAAACCAAAUUAUGAAGAAUUGCGAAAUUUAUUCAAUAAGGCUGUGAAGGGUAUCGACAUAAAUGAAAGAAAUGCAAGUUGCAUUUUCGAGAGAAAACGGAAAAAUUCACCUCUGAAUCUGAUUCCAAAAAAAGCUAAAUAUGAUUAAGUCCAAGUGAUACAGAAAGUGUCUCGUAAUAUAAGAGAGAGAGAGAGAGAGAGGGAGAGAGAGAGAGAGGGAGAGAGAGAGAGAGA